AUGUCAUUUCUCAAUGGCCAGCAAGCUUGGCCAUCGCCGGCCUUGCAUCACUCUAACAGCAGCAGGUCGCUCCAGCAUCUUGAUGAUGCAUCGGCGCGUACAUCGACCCCUGUUGAUAACUCCAUCGCGCCGGUACCUGAGCUCACGCUAGACGCCGAGGAAGAAGCCCGUCGCGCUCACUUCGCCGAAUUGUAUCGAAAAACCGAGAGUCGAGUCGCUCUACUCUUCUCUGAAAAUGGUGCAUAUAACCGACCUGCGAUCGAGGCGCUGCGCCGCUUACCAGUCGCGCCUGCGGUUACCCUGCCACCCACCACCGAUCACGAACCCAUAAGAGAACCACCCAUGAAGAAGGCCAAACGAGCCAUUGACGAAGACGAUUAUGAUGAUGAUGAUGAUGAUGAAGAUGAUGAUGACAGCGCGCCUGCUGCUGCCCUCAAAACGCAGGCUUCCAUAGUCGCCAAUCCCCUCCUCUCACCUUCGAAAUCCGGCAGCUCGCCGGUUCCUUCAAUGAACUCACCCGUCAAAAGCCUCGAUAAAUCCGAAGCUCAGAAGAGCUCUCAAGGAAAAGAGGCUACCGAAGAAGGCGAUAUCAAAAAUCUCGAAGAAGCGCGGAAAAGGACCGAGGCGGCCGCUCGCCAAAGUUUCCAUACAAUCAUGUAUACGCUGGAGCAUGAUCGCAGCGCUAUGCUCGAGCAACAACAACUGGAAGACUCAGAAAAGCAGCUCCAGGCUGAAAUGGACCACAACAGCCAGGGAGGUGCUAGCGGACACCAAAUUGUCAACCAAGGAACCCUCAGUAGUGCCAAUUUGGGUGCUUCCAGCCUCACAUUAAAGCAUCUAAUCGCGCGGAUCGAUAUGAAGAGAGAUCAAGUACAGGCUUCUGAUGCGGAAUUGCGAGUUCUCAUGAACGAGGUUCGCAAGAAUCGCAGCAAGUGGGCGAGUGAGGAGAACGUCAACCAAGAAGACCUGUACGAAGCCCUGGAGAAAGUUUUGACAGAGUUGAAGGCACAUACAGAAUAUUCGACGCCAUUUCUUACUCGUGUCAACAAGCGAGAUGCGCCGGAUUAUUAUUCAAUGAUCAAGAAUCCUAUGGAUCUCGGUACCAUGACAAAGAAACUCAAAUCAUUAGCUUUCAAGUCGAAAGCUGACUUUGUCGCCGAUCUCAAUUUAAUAUGGGAUAACUGCUUAAAAUACAACCAUGACAUGAAUCACCCUCUCCGCCGAAUGGCUAAUGGCAUGCGCAAAGAGGCGGAGAAAUUAAUACCUCUUAUACCAAACCUGGUAAUACGGUCACGAGCCGAUGUGGAGGCCGAAGAAAGAAGAAAGCAAAACGGCGGGGAGGAUGACGGAGGCGACGACUCCGAUGAUGAGCCUAUCAUGUCAUCUCGCGGCCGCAAAGCGGGUACCAAAGGCACUGGCAACAAGUCUCGAACUGCACCAGCCGAUGACCAGAAGGAGGACACUCCAGUUGUUGAUCAGAAGCCUAUAAUACAACUCAAUGGGCUUCUUGGGAAGCAUGGGCGUGAAGGUUCUGAAGCUGACGGCAGUAAUGGCUUCUCAACACCACCGAUUGGAAACCUGACACCAAAUGGAGCAAACGGGACCUCCGGUAUAGGCAGCAAUGCUGAUGCUAUGGAAAUUGACGGACCGAGCUUAAACGGUAUGACGCUCAACCAAACCUUUGGUGACGCAAAUGAGCAGGUUUACGAAGACGAAGAAUACAAAAUCUGGAAGCAAACUACGAAAAAAGAUCGAGCCUUGGCUGCCAAGGAGCGCUUCCAAAUAUUCAAAGACAACAGGCUCAAUGGCGAUGCUCCAGCCCUACUUCGAAAUAAGGCUGGUAUGCGUCGAUUCUUAAAGCAUCAGAAAGAGGCAGAAGCGCUUGGCUUUGGGCAAGAUUACUCGGAUACAUCAGCCGUCGCAGCCAAGGAAGCUGGCUCAAAGGCGCCAGAAACACUCGCCGAAGGAAUCGACGAGGAAGCGGACAAGAUUAUGCCCGACUACUACGAUUCUCUUUCAAAUAUUCCCGACAUUCCUGUGAAGCUGCAGUGGAUCGAAGAUGGGGAAGGGCAGGUCAUCAAUCAGCACGAGGAAUUCUUGCGUUUAGUACCGCCCGGCUUCUUUACUGCACCUCAAAGCCGGUUUACGAAAAAAAUGGACGACAACAUUCGGCAAAUACAGGAGACUCGGAAGCUUGCCACCAAGAUUUCUGUCAUCAAGCAGAUGCAGGUUCAGUCACAAGUAUAUACGAAUCAGUUUCCCAAGUCGAAUAACGAGCCAUUUGUGGAGCAGGAUAUUGAACCACACUUCAUCUCCGACGACGGCCCCGUCAUGGCCGCAGAUGCUUGCCAGAACGCGUUGAAGCGGUCUGUUGGCAAGAUCUUAUAUAACAGUGGAUUUGAAGAGUUCCAGCCUUCGGCAGUGGAUGCUCUGACGGGAAUCGCUGCGGACUAUUUCCAAAAGCUCAUGCGCACAUUCAAUAUCUAUCAGGAGGCGGAAAAGAAGUCCGUCACCACGCACGAGGGAACGGUAGUACAGCCCCGGUUCACAGCGGAAGAGGUGUUACUGCACACUCUUGAACAGAAUGGCCACGACAUUCCCUCGUUAGACUCAUACAUCAAGGAUGAUGUCGACAGACUUAGCACACGACUCGGUACAUUGCACGAGAGAAUGAAGACGCACCUGGCAGAUUUGCUUCGGCCAGCAUUGGCUGCCGAUGCUGGCAAUGACGGCGUGGGUGCCUUCAAAGAUGGCAGUGAGCAGUUUACAAGCGGCGACUUUGCAGACGAACUUGGUGAAGACUUUUUUGGCUUCAAGGCUCUCGGGCUGGACAAGGAAUUGGGUCUGGAAUCCUUCGCCGUCCCCUUGCACCUGCUGCAGAGCCGCGUCCGCAGUCAAUACCAGUUGCAGACGCAAAACGCCGGCUCUACCAGCCUGGAAUUGUUUGAGCCCUUGCCGCCCUCGGAACCCGUUACGACCGAGAUUAUCCAGCAUCACAUUGGGCUGGUCAAGAACUUCUUCUUUGCCAAGCUGCACGCCAACGGUGAUCAGCCCCUCAUUGAAGACGAGGACCUGCCGACGAAGCAGCGCAAGCCGCGCCCGCGCCUCGGCGCUAGCGGCAAGAUCAUGUCGGCGCAGAAGCGGCCGCCGCGCGAACAAAUCGCCAUGGCCAAGAAGAAGAAGAAGCUCGAGGCUCAGGCGGCCGAGGCCAGACUCAAUGCGGAAAAGGCCGGGGCGUCGGUCAAAAAGAAGCCGAGCCUCCCCAACGGUGCCGUGGUGCCGCCCAAUCCGGCCGUCAUGGCGUUGGCGCCUGCCAUGGAACGCGCCGACAGCAUGCAGAGCGCGACGGACAAGGAUGAUACAACGGGAAUGAUGAGUCCAGAAAGCAUCGCGCAGUGA